AUGGAUAAAACUUUAAGUGAUUAUGAUAAAAACCUUGAAGAGUUAGAACGUCAACGAGAAAAACUCGAGAUUGUUAUGCAAAUGAUGGGUCAAGAAUGGGAAGAAAGUGGUCCGGGUAUCGGUUGGCUAGGUCAGUUAGAUCUUCCAACAACAACAUCCGAGAUAUUAACAUUAACUCAUGAGCCCUUAUUUGCUAAUAUUUUAUCACAAACUGGGCCAUCACCGGAAUAUCUUCAAUCUUUAUUAAAUGUGAAUGAAGCUCUGCUGGCUCAGAGCCUUGCAAAUAACCCUAACCCAUCAACACCUUUAUUAACGCCAGUUGAAGAUCAAUUGAAUGAUAUUUUAAUUGAAACUUCCUCAUCAGCCAAAUUAACUUCACCACUUAUAACACCUAAAGAAGACAAUGAAGUAUCUAAUGAUGAUGGUAUCUUGUUAAAUAAUCCAUCUUACGACUACAUGGGUAAUAUGAAUCCUGAAUCCGAGAAGAUUAUUUCCCCACUUACAGAUACAUCAAACAAAUCAUUCCAAUCGACAAAAAAAAGCAGUAAAAAUACAUUCCCAUUUUAG